UAGUACCGGAUUGCCGUGCUCCUCUUCUUCCUUCCUCUUUCUCUCAAGUAUCAAUGAUGAAUUGUCACGUCUGCAGCGCUUUACGUUGAGGAAGAGGAAGCCAUGAACGCUCCUUUAAAGCUCACUUAUUGGCAUUCCAGCAAUGCUUUUUCAUUUUGCCCUCUUGAUUUUCUCUAGCAUAGCAAGUUGAUAAUAGUAGUAGUUAAGAGGAGGAGCUCUCUCCGUCGCUGAAACUUUAGCAUAACUACAGCCAGCGCAGCCUGAAUAAUUAGAGGCGAGGAAGAGAAUUAGAAUAGCCAUUGGUGCCUCAACGGAAGUUUCUUCGACGGAGAUGGCGGAGAUCUGCUGCGGCGUCGUGAGCGAGGCUUGCACGAUCGCAGCAUAUCAGCCGAGCUCGAGGGCGGCCAGGCGGAAGAGGAUGGAGCUCAGGCGGUUCAAGUUUGUGGGCGGCGCCGGCCUUGCUCCCGCGACGGUGUCGGAUAUUAACGAGCAGAAACGGCAGAAGCUGAAGGACUGCCUCAGUCGCAACUGCGAGAAAGCCUCCGAGAGCCGUCUCUCCGACGGAGAUAGACGCGGAUCGGAGACCAGAGACAUCUCGAGCGAUGAUGAUCGUAACCUUCCUUCAGUGUCUGACGUGAACGAGGUUCUUCCCAUUCCAAUGGGCCUAGGACUCUCGAAGGACCUCCCGAAAUUCGGGGUGGCGUCAGUAUGCGGGAGGAGGAGGGAGAUGGAAGAUGCGGUGGCGGUCCACCCCUCGCUCUGCAUCCAACACCAAGAUACCUCCAGCGGCUUCCAUUACUUUGCAGUUUACGACGGCCAUGGCUGCUCUCAUGUAGCGAUGAGGUGCAGGGAGAGACUGCACGAGCUGGUGAGGGAGGAGCUGGCGUCGGUGGGGGAAGGAGGUGGGACCGUGGAGUGGAGGGAGGCCAUGGGGAGGAGCUUCCGGAAGAUGGACAUGGAGGUGAUUGCAUGGAAUGAGAGCGUGGCGGGGAGGGGCUCCUGCAGGUGCGAGCUACAGUCCCCCGAGUGCGAUGCCGUUGGAUCAACUGCGGUGGUUGCUAUUGUGACCCCCGAUAAGAUCAUCGUGGCCAACUGUGGGGAUUCGAGGGCCGUGCUCUCUAGGAAAGGCAAGGCUGUUCCUCUCUCCAGCGAUCAUAAGCCAGAUCGCCCGGAUGAGCUGGACCGGAUUCAAUCGGCCGGGGGCAGAGUGAUCUAUUGGGACGGCCCUCGAGUUCUUGGUGUCCUGGCCAUGUCAAGAGCCAUAGGCGACAAUUACCUGAAACCCUACGUGAGCUGUGAGCCAGAGGUGACUGUGAUGGAGCGGACGCCGAGCGACGAUUGCCUCAUAAUCGCAAGUGAUGGACUGUGGGAUGUGGUGUCCAACGACACAGCGUGUGGGGUGGCACGGAUGUGCCUGAGGGGGAAGGUACGAGCUCCAGCAGAGGGAGAGGAGGGCUCCUCCUCCAACACAUCGCCAGUGGAUGAUAGCAGCUGGGGGGAGAUGUUGGACGGGGCAUGUUCGGAUGCGUCGAUGUUGCUGAUGAAGCUAGCACUGGCGAGGCACAGCACAGACAACGUGAGCGUGGUGGUGGUAGAUCUCAGGAGAUCCAUUACGUAGGCUAGGAAUGGGAAGCCUUCUCGGAUCUGGUCUUGGUCUUUCCCUUGGUCGUGUGUUGUUUUCUGGAAGGGAGAAGGGGUUGUAGGAGGGAGAUGGGGGUAUGUAUGCUGCAUGUAGUAGGAGUAUAGUAGGACUGGACUCUCUUAGACUUUCCCUUGAUCAUAUAGGGAAAUUUUUCAAUUUCACUAAAAGGUGAAAUUGGUGAUUUACGGAUAUGAUGGUUGACAUGAACUUACUUGUGCGCUUGCACGUUUAUCGUGGCA